AUGACAAAAAAUUUAUUUGAUUCAAUUGAAGCUCAUGACAAAUUACGACGUGAACGCUUAAAUGAAGCUUUGGCCAAACAAGAAAAAAAAAUUCGAGAAACAAAUGUUGCAACACAAGCUCAAUAUACAAAUUUAGAAAGUGAAGAGUAUUCCGAUAAUGAUAAUGAGCCUUUUAAUUUAUCAAGUGAUGAUGAUCUUUAUAUUGAAGAAAAUAGUCAUGAAUUGAAUGAACCAAAUGAAUCAGAUUCUGAUACUAAAUCUGAUGAAUUUAAAAAUCAUAUUGGAGAUAUUCAAAAUAUUAAUAAUUGGCGCUAUUUAGUAUCUCAGUGGAUAGAAUUAGUAGAAAAUGAAGAAAACAAUGAAUUAGAGGAAAUUAAUGAUAAUGCCGAUUUAGUAGAUGAUACUGAUACUAUUUUAAGUUCUUACAAUGAAGAAGCUAAAUGGAAAUUGUCAAAUUUUAUUUGA